AUGUCUGCUCUUCAAAAGUCAAUUUUAAAAUCCAGGUUACCACCGUCAGCUGUCAAUUUUUCGGCAUUAAAUUCCAGAAUUAAUAAGUCAAGAACCCAGAGAAAAAGAGAUUACGAUCCGGUACAGUGGAAUCCGUACUUCGAUCAUUCCAAAGAUGUGCCAAUAGGACAGAAUACAUUUCAUGUUUACAUCAAAGGCACUGAAGGGCCAUUAUUAGUUUUAUUGCACGGUGGUGGUUACAGUGGUUUAACAUGGGCAGAACUUACAAAAUCGAUUAUGACAAUGGUAUUGUGUAGAGUUAUGGCUAUUGAUCUUAGAGGUCAUGGAGAUACUCAUACUACAGAUGAUGAAGAUUUGUCCGCAGAUACUUUAGCAUCGGAUGUUGCAGCUAUUAUAGAUGCAAUUGCAGAUGACGCUCCAAUAAUUCUUGUCGGCCACAGUAUGGGUGGAGCAGUAGCUGUGAAAGCAGCUCCAUUAAUUCCAAAUUUAUAUGGAUUAGGAGUUAUAGAUGUCGUAGAGGGUACAGCAAUGGAUGCAUUAGCUUCUAUGCAGAGUUUUUUAAGAUCUCGGCCAUCUAGUUUUAACACUAUAUCUCAAGCUAUAGAAUGGUGCGUUCGCAGUGGACAAAUUCGUAAUAUACAGUCUGCAAAGGUCUCAGUUCCUGGACAAAUAAAGAACAUUGAAACUAACAAAUUAGCAACUCAUGAUAUUGACUCAUUGCCAACCCAAUACAACACAUGUGAAUCUAAUCCAGAACCAGUUAUAACACGAGAUGAUAUUAUCCAAGAGGAAGAAUCAUUUAGUAUGCCACCACCAUCAUCACCUGCAUCUUCUACUGUUUCUGCUAACAGGAAAUAUGUAUGGAGAAUAGAUUUGGCAAAGACAGAACAGCAUUGGUUUGGUUGGUUUAAAGGAUUAUCAACCGCAUUCUUGAAUGUUCCAGUUCCAAAAAUGUUAUUGUUAGCAGGAGUUGAUAGAUUAGAUCGUGAACUUACUGUAGGACAAAUGCAAGGUAAAUUCCAAAUGCAAGUUUUACCCGCAUGUGGACAUGCUGUUCAUGAAGACGUUCCAGAUAAAGUAGCUGAAGCUAUCGCUACAUUUAUGGUCAGGCAUAAGUUUGCAGAACCAGCCUCGGAUUUUCCACGGACUUUUCCGGCUUGUUAAAAAAAAUGAACUAUUGUAAUGUAAAUUAUUAAAUAAUGCGAAGGAUUUUUUUUUAAUUAGUCAAUGACGAUUUUAUUUAUUUCAAGAGAAGUUAUAAUCACCAAAUAUAAAAACAUACAUCAUACAUGUGUAAAUAAAGACAUUUAGUUUAAUGAGAAAAAUAAAAAUUGUUCUUAUACAUGUAAAUUGUCUUCUUUUAUCGAAGUUUAAGCUUGUCAAAUUUUAAU